ACCUGCGCGGGGUGCACUGUCGGGGUAAAAAAAUAACAAAAGUCGGCACUUUUUUGACACAAUUUUGGUCAGUUUUUUGGAAAAAAAUUAAUUUCCGACCCUUCAUCAUGGACAUCUUGACCCCCGACACGUACUGGAUUGAUGACCGUUGUUAUAGAAGAAACCCGUCGAAAACGAGGUGUGUUGCGGCCCAGCAGAAAUUUUGGAGCAGUUCGGAGAAUAAUUCUGCGGGGAAAAAUGAUAAGUUCCCGUCCUUAUCUUCGUCUUCCCGACCUCCGCCAGGCCUUCAGAAACAGGGAGAUACUGGAGGAAACGGUCAGAACAAACCGUACGUUGAGGAGGACGAGUAUGGUUUUUGUGUAGGGGGCUCCGACGAGCUUGGCGACAAUGAUAACGAAUACCUUAUCGAAAAUAAGGGCGAUUACUUCAAGUCGAUCUGCGAUAAUGUUCCAUCCCAACUUUAUGCCGUGGUUAUUGGUACGAAGGGAUCCACCAAGUCGAGACUUGAGAAGGAGACAAAGACUAAGAUUAUCGUUCCGAGGCAGAACGCUAAGGGAUUUAUUGAGGUCGAAGGUCGUUCCAUACUCACUGUUCGCCACGCACGUAGAAGAAUUGAUGAAUUAAUGUGGCAAACUAGGAUAAAAUGCGAUGCGACACAUUUUGCCUGUUUUCCUGUCAAUAGCGCAGCAGUUAUUCAGAGAAUUAAGGACUUCAAGGAGGAGGUCACGUCACGCAUCGCCGGGGCGGAUCCUUUCCUAUUUCUCGAAGCGGAAAAGUGUCACAUAACGAUCUGCGUUACGACCUUGUUCGACGAGAAAGAGAGAGAAAAGGCGGCCCAGGUUUUGGAGCAGGCGCAGAAGGAGAUUUCCAAACAACUCGGCCACACCGGAAAAAUAACCGUGCAUCUGAAAGAACUCGAAAUCAUGAAUGAUGAUCCCACCCAGGUCGACAUUGUAUACGCGAAAUGCCACGACAAGGGGGACGUGUUACAACAAAUGGCAGAUUAUAUUGCAAAAAAGUUCGAUAAGUCGGGCUUAUCGAGACAGGCUCGCGGCGACCACGUCAAGUUGCAUUGCACGAUGAUGAAUUCUCUCAAAAAAGCGGAACGCCUCAUUCCAGAUAAGACUGACCAAUCAUUCCCCUCCGAAUCUGUAAAAUUUUGUAAGAAAAUAUCCCGAAAAACUUUUGAUGCCAGUCAAAUUCUAAAAGAAUUCAAAGAUUACGACUUUGGCGUCGUGGACAUCACAGAGAUAAAAUUAGCCACGAGAUUCACUUCUGGGCCGGACGGAUUUUACAAGUGUUUCCGCACCAUUCCACUCUAACCUAAUUUGUAUAGCUAAUUUUCUACUUAAUUUAUAUUUAAACUGGGUGCUAAAGAGUCACAUUAAAAUCUAGUUAAUUCAACAAGGAAGAAAUUUCCACCUUAAUUUAAUUGCUAAUUUAUACCUUAGAACUGACUCUUUUUGGUUAAAGUUUGGUCCCAUUUUACGUUCAGUUUUACACUGAAUGUUAGAUUUUAAAAUGUCGGAAAAUUUAAGGUCCUCAAAAUCUAUGGGAUUAUUUUUCAGAAACUUAUUUUACUUAAUUUUUGUCUUCUAUUUUUCCUCGGUACAAUCUUCGUCCCCUCGAAAUGUACAAUUUUUCCCUCAAUCAAUAAUUUCCCCCGAGCAAAGUGUCACCGAAUCGAUGUCGACCAACGUAACAAAAUACGACACCGAAUACGUCACAUUUCUCCAAGAAGAAAACCAUCACCCUUCUUCACGACAAAAACGGUACGUGUAUCUCAACGUACAGUCAAAUUUGGAUGUCGGGUUCCUCUGCGUUAUCCCCAUCACGAUAGUGCUCCCACAGAUGAGCAAUCUCUUCAAUAAGUGGCGACGGAGGAGGAGCAAGCGGUCAUCGCCACAAUCUGACGACGAACCCCUUUUCGAAGACGACGAUCCCCUCGUACAAAAACACUUGGACAAAAUUUCAGCUUAUUUCGAACUCUUGGACAUUUCCGAGCAUACCUGCCAACUCCGCGCAAUCUGUGAGUUUUCCUCCGAUCCGUCCACCUUUUACCCGGUAUCGGACAUGAUCAUAAAUCAUUUACAAAUUCCAUCCCCUCCUCAAAAAAAUGGAACAACUUUAUACAAAACCUUUACCACUGCGUCCGACACUGGAAUGAAUCUCGGCCGAAGAGGGUGUUCCUCAAAGUACGGGAAUAAAUGCAAAUAUCCAGCCGAUAAAUUAUUGAGCAUGAAUUUCCUCCGGGUCUGGAAAGGACUCAGGACUCAAUUCGGCCUGGGUAUCAGGGACGACUACGAAUUAUGAAAAAAUUAACUGGCAAAUUACCUCAAUAAUUUUUUUUAUUCAUUUUUUUUACAAGAUAUAAUUACUCAAUAAUUAAUUAGUGUAAAUCCUUCGUUACAAAUUAAUACGAUAA